AUGUUAUACACCUGUUGUCAUGCCAUGCCAAUCCAUUCAACAGCUGCCAACGCGGACGCCGAGGCUUCUGCUUCCAGAGCGGAUCGCAAGUCUGCCGAUGCCGCCUUUCUCACUACAGCCAACCUGGCGCCCGAACUAAGUCGCGUCAAUUCCACGCCUCUCUCUUCCGAUGCCAUAGAUGCCCUCGGCUUGCCUUCUUCAUCCCCAAGCUCGAGCACAAACCAUUCUCUCAUCGAACCAUCCCCCUUGACCAUGGCUCCACCAAAACCUGGUCCUGCCGACACUCUCUACCCCAGCCCCUCCGGAGGCUUCGUGCCUUCACCAGAAGAAGGUCAGGAUUGGAGACUCAAACCCCCUCCGCCUGGGCGAAGCAGAGACACUUCCAAACUCUCAUCUGUCACCUCGAAUCCAGCACCGACCGCGUCCACCUCUUCGCCCUCGUCAGCCUCUCGCGCUCUUCCACCGCUCUCAGAGUCUAGCGUCAACGCUUCACGCCCAACCUCGGGCAUCAGCCCAACUGCAGCUUCUAGCACAAGCACACCCACGCGUCCGCCAUCCUUGCCCUCUUGCCCCGAGACAGCGUCCAGGAUCGCCAGCGCCUCAUCUAGCUCCCUGUCAAGACGAAGCUCCCAGGCUUCACAUGCACUUGCAUCCCCAAAGCUUCGUCCCACAUCAAGCUCGGCCAGUUCGCGACACCGUCUCAGUACCGCUGCCUCGUCAUCCCAGUCGGCGUCCCUGGCCCAAGCCAGUCAAACGGCACCGAUAACUGGCGAUACCCAAUCGUCCGAGCUGCAACAGAGCCAUGACUCGAUCUCAUCACGACCCGGGUCUAUCGCUAGCUUCCAAACCGCACGCAACGACGACUCUGUCUUUGCGAUACGGAUACGUGACUUUGCUUUCCCUGACGACGAUCCACGACAUAAGGGCGACCCUCUUGCUGAGCCACAAUCAUCCGCAGACCAUUACCAGGAUUUCGACGAGCAUGGUCACAGCAGCGCAGAUGUGGAUGAGGACGAAUUCUAUAUUGAAGGUGCCGAGGACGAGAACGAGUUCGAUGGCGACCAAGGCGACAAUGCCAGCGUGCCAGAGGGCGUCUACAAAGUACUCUACGCAUUCGAACCCGUCUCGGAGCACGAGCUGGCGGUUCACCCCGGCGAGGUGGUGCACGUCAUUGGCUCGCUCGAUGGCGGAUGGGCCAUCGCGCUCAAGGAGGGCGAUGAGAGUGUAAAGGGACUCGUGCCUGCUACCUAUCUCGAAUGGUCUGCUCCGUUGCCCGAGUGGAGUUAA